AUGUCAAAAAUGGCAACCUCACGUCGUCACAACCCCCUUGAGCAUGACAUUUCGUCCGCGGGUGGCCGUCUCCGCACAAGGUCCAUCACUGGCAAGAGGAAAUCUCGUUCCGACGAGAAUGCUCUUGGAGACGGAUACAUCGACGCUCGGUCUUCGAGUAAAAUCCUAGCCAUUGCACAGGACCUCGCAGACGAGGACGCUGCCGACCGGAACCUUGUCGUCAAUCCAGUCACCUCCCCACAUUCCGCAUUUGGAUUUGAUUCAAGGUUUGCGGGAGAUGAUCAAGACCAAGAUGCUGGACAAUACACUGAGGAAGAUGAGUGGGUUCCAGAGGAUGACGAGGACAUCGUUGUGGAAGAAGAUGAUAUGGACCCCGAAGAUCUCGCCGUCUACAAGAAAUUCUUGAAUCCAGGAGAGGACCUGGGCGACUUUGCCCCGAGCAUGGCCAACCUCUCCACAGAACCUAGGGAUUUCGAUGGUUCGGCUCCCGGACCUUCACAAGACGACGACGCCGACGCCGACGCCGACGGAGAGGGCCAGACGACGAACCUGACCGAAUUGAUCCUCCAACGGAUUGCGGAGAAAGAGGCUCGGGACGCGGCCAGGGCGUCAGGGCAGGAACCGGCAUUCAUUCCACCACCCGACGCCGUCGAGAUUCCUGCCAGAGUCGCCGAGACAUUCACUAGAGUCGGGCAGCUUCUCUCUCGUUACAAAUCGGGACCGCUUCCGAAACCCUUCAAAGUCCUCCCUACUCUGCCACAGUGGCCUGACCUCCUAGCCAUGACCCGCCCGGACCAAUGGACUCCCCAUGCCGUCUACCGUGCCACGAAGAUAUUCAUCUCCGCACCGUCUGCAACGGGGCAAUUCUUCUGCACUGAAGUGCUGUUGGAACGCGUGCGCGAGGACAUCCAGGAAACCAAGAAACUCAACGUCCACUUGUACAACGCCCUCAAAGCCGCCUUCUACCGCGCAAGCGCAUUCUUCAAGGGCUUCCUGUUCCCCCUAGUCGAGUCCAGCUGCACACUCCGAGAAGCGCACAUCAUCUCGAGCGUUCUCGCAAAGAUCAAAAUCCCCGUGCUCCACUCCGCCGCCGCUCUUUUACGGCUGUGCGAAAUCUGUGCCGAGCAGACCAGCAGCAUCAACAGCGAGGCGGCUGGCUCCGCCAACAUCUUCAUCCGGGUCCUGCUGGGCAAGAAAUAUGCCCUGCCGUAUAAGGUCGUCGACGCCCUGGUUUUCCACUUCCUCCGCUUCCGUGCAAGCAGAGAUGUCAACGGCGAAGAGUCAGCCGGCCUGGGCAGCAAGGAAGCCAAGCUGCCGGUCCUGUGGCACCAGAGUCUAUUGAUCUUUGCCCAGACGUACCGCAAUGAAAUCACUGAGGAUCAGAGGGAGGCACUGUUGGAUCUUCUCCUUGCCAGGGGCCAUCGGGAAAUCGGGCCUGAGGUCAGGAGGGAGCUGCUCGCUGGCAGGAACAGGUCGGGGCAGGCGGAGGGUGAUUCGAUGGCUGUGGAUGCCAUCGUGGAGAAGAGGGACGAUGGCGAUGAUACCAUGGAAAUCACGGGCUGA